AAGCCCAUUACUGCCGUCCCCCGCCGUGAUAUUGCUGGAAUAUUGCUAAAAGCGGCGUAAAACCAUACUCACUUUGGUAUAAUCUGGAACACAUUAUUGUUUAUUACAAAUACUUGGGCCCAGAUACCCCCAAAACAAUCUCUGUGUUGCUAUCUGUGUUGAAACAUGGGAAAUUCCAUCGUCCCGCGGCAAAGGUGGUAACUGACUUUAUAAGCAUAGGCUCAGAUCGCUUUGUCGAAUAUGGCCCAGCACACACAAUAACAUACGCUGCAGGCACUGCAUUAAUAUAAAGGGCCGCUCUGGUUCAAACAAAAUCUUUGGCAUCUCAUAUUACGGAAUUCCCGGUCUGAAAAUAUUAAUAGGCCCACGUCAGUUUGCCAAUAUUCAUUUUACGGAUUGUCCAAACCAAAAGAGUCUGAUGUGGCACUAUAAGUAUCCCCAUACCUGCUAAUACAAUACGUUCACAUUCCCACAUUGACGCUCUGCAUGCUAACUACAAAGGAUAUACGAACAAAUCCAGCAUUGGAAAAGGCAGAUCGCAGUCACUCACGGCGUCUAAACAUCGAGUGAAUGUAAAGUCGUGGAUUUAUCAGUGUAGGUGCCGUCUAGAGUCUAGCGGGGUCCGUAACAUACACAUCAGUUACCUUUGAUGUAACGCCGCAAUGAUUCUCUUUCACAAACUGUAAACAAAGCAACACCCUUGAUUACAACACCUGCAGCAGACAGUUACUAUGGGUAACAACGGGAGCCGAGGCCGAGCAAUAAAAAAAUGUGUACUUUCUGCCUGUAAAGCAGUUCAAAGAUAUGUCCUUGUAAAAUGGGCAAACUUCAAGGCAGUUUUUGUUGGAAGAAAGAAAAUGAAAGCGACCCUACUUGUUACUGAUGCUACUGAUGACUUUGACCUGGACGAUGAGAGCACUGACUUGGUUGGAACUAACAUGGUGAUGACGAUUACGUUUGAGAGUCCAGAUGAACUUGAAUGGAUACGGAGACAGUUCACGGCUUCCUUUAAGUCUACGCGGGGAUCCAGGGACGAGUUUCUCAAUCAUCUGAUCCAGCUUCACUAUACAUACGGCGUAGAGGUAGAGAAAAUCUACUCUGAUGCUGACAAAGCAGACAUUGCCGCAGCAACUGUCGGGAUGAUAUCCUCCAUAUUGGGCUUCGUUGGUUUUGGAUUGGCCUUUGCCACCCUUGGAACGAGUCUGAUUGUCUCGCUGACGGGUGCUGCUGUAGGUGUUGUCUCAGGAUGUACAUCAUUUGCUAUUCACCGAAAAAGAAUGGCAGCCAAAAAGGAAAUGUGGAAACAGAUCAAAGCCAAGACUGAUCAAUUCAACCAGGAUAACGAAAGACUUUUACACAUACUUUCGGAGGCUGAAUAUUUUGGAAUCGUCACUUCGGGUGUCUCAGGAAUGAUUAAAGGUCCGAUAAAAAUUGGACUGGAGGCAAUUGAAGUGGCGCAGAUUGACGAGGUUCUUCCGAUUCUGGCAGAUGCUGGGACUACAGCAGCAAAGGCAUCUAAAUCUGUGGUUAAAGGGUUAUCAGCGUUUGGAAAAGUGUUGUUCUAUGGCGGUUUUGCCUUCAACGUCGUGUCUACAGCUAUCGACGGCUAUACAAUCAUCAGCAACUCUAAAAGACUUAUAAAGGGCGAGCUUUGCGACCAGGCUCAGGCACAUUAUGACAUUGCUCAUGCCUAUGAACAGUUUCGUGACUCAGGGGCGUCAAGUCAAGAAUGCUUGCUGUAAAGACCAUAUAGAGGCGGCAGUCACCGUGAAAAUUCCGGGGUAGAAAUGGUCUUCAGCAACCAAUGCUUGUCGUAAAAGGCGACUAACGGAUCUGGUGGUCAGGGACGCUUGAUCAAUUGAUUAAUCACUGGUAGAUUAUUUACAGACCGCCGUCAUGUAACUGGAAUAUUGCUGCGUGCUGCCUUACAUUACACAUACAUAAACAAACAAACAAACAAACAAAGAGGGGACAGACAGACGUUGGCACGAAGUAAGGUUAAGUGAAUGAUGCAAAUUCUAUCAUAGUUUGGGGUUAGAUCAAAGGUGCUUCCCUUCAUCACACAGACAACAGUUAAUCUCCAUUGUACUGUUCCAACAGUAUCAUGAGCAUGUGUUCACUCUCAGAUAAUGAUCAUUCAAGGUGUUCGUGAAAAGGUGAGGCAAAUAUAAAAUCAGUCCAGUGAGCGAGUGCUGGUGUAGGCCACCGUAAGCAGUAUCAUGUCAGUAGCUGUUAUAACCUACCACCAAGGUCAUGUACAGAAUAGAGGCUACAUUAUGCUGUUUGACAGCUUCUAUCUAAACAUAUUUACAAUCCAAUGUUGAGUAGCAUAUUUAACAGCUCAUCAAUUAGGUGUAAUGUGAUGUUGAUGAGCUCAUAUUUUGAUUAUGUCCUGAACUUUGAUUUAAAGUUCAAAAAUAUUUUGCUACAAAUCAUUAAACCUGGAAUACAUUUUGAGUUUUGUGCUGGAAUGAGUGAAUGUUGUCCAACACAGCAGUGUGCCAUCUAUAUCACAGUCAUUCAUGAUUAAUGGAAACCAGAGGACCACCCUUCUGUGACAUUAGGUAAGAUGGCACACAACCAAGUCACAGUCUGGCCUGGUCACAAGUGUACCACCAAUAACCUUCCACCAUGACUGCGGAAUAUAAUAUUUUAUGAAACCCAAACCAGAAUCUUAAUUAUAAAACAGUAAGUUUAGCUAGCUCUAUUCCACAUAACCAUAAAAUCAACACUCGAAAAAUAGAGGAGAGAAAUGCAUUGUGCUAUAAAAUAAUCCACAGACAAUAUGUUAGUCUAAAUAUAAGCGACAACAACCAGUUCCAAAAUCAUAAGAAAUCUCCAUUGUACUGCUCCAACAGUGUCAUGAGCAUGUGUUUAUGAAUCACUCAGUAAAAACAAAGUUACAUGAACUUUAAUGACAGUUGGAUAGACGCGAUCAUUUUGCUAACACUCCAAUAGUUUGAGUAUGGGUACUAAAUCGUCCAAUGGUUUUCCUUGAAAGGUUAAACAAGAGCGUUCACCCUCCAAUAGUAUAGCAUAGUUUUGUAAAUAUCACUUGUAGAUAAGUUUGAGGCAUUAACUUGAUCGAACUUUGUUUUAAGCCUAACAGCCUCGAACAAGCUUCACAUGCGAAAAUAAUCACGAAAUUUCAGACAUUCUCCUAUACAUAAUGAUCAUACAUUCAAGGUGUUCGUGAAAAGGUGAGACAUGAAGUACUUGGUAACUAUUGUUUCCCUGAACCUGGAAAGGGGAGACAUUGCAAGAAACAUACACUGUUUAUGACACCAGCAGCUAUUAGCAGGGUGGGAUUUGGGAUUUGUGACGAUGUUCCAUAGUGACUUGGUUCAACACUGCUUAUAACCCUGGUUUUCGUUAGACAAAAAGAAUGUUCAAAGUCUUUUCUGUAUCAGAGUGGAUCACAUCUUCAUUCUAUUCUGAUAUCAUUGAUGAAUGAGUUUAGAUUAAUGCCACUUUGUUAGUAUUACAGUUAUAUGAUCGCAUAUCAGCUUUAUUUGUGUCUUAGACAUUUACAAAUUUGGGGAGUGAGUGAGCAUAGUUUUACGCCGAUUUUAGCAAUAAUCAAGCAAUAUCACGACAGAGGACACCAGAAAUGAUCUUCAUACAUUGUACCUAUGUCAGUAAUCGAACCCGGGUCUUCGGCGUGACAAGCGAAUGCUUUAACCACAAGGCUAUCCGACCACCCCUCCAACUUUGGGAAAAUCCACGGGCACACGUAUGGUGCUAAGAAACCAAGAAACAACUGGGGUGAAUCUAGUAUUUGAACCAAUGAGCAUUGCUUUCUGGCAAUCCUAAGGGAUGCAAUUCUGCACAGCAAACUGCCACUGCCAUAGACUAUAAGACCACCUUUGCAACUACAAUUGAGGAUGAGCCUUUUACCUCUUAAAGUCUUUGGUGAAUCACAUGAGCAUGGGAAUGGUUCUGACAAACCAAGGACUAUAAGUAGGGCAAUCUGGGAUUACAACAUGCAGUCAUCCUAACGUCCAAACAACUCUGAGAUGCAACUGUAAAUGAAGGAUGUGUGGAUAUUUUCCAAUAAAUCUGAUGUCAGUUUUGUGAAGCGAUUCACCUUCAUUUACAGGAUUUUUCUGUUUGGUGUUGGAGAAAUGCAACCUUAGCUGACAGAGAUUCUUAUCUCGUUGAUUGAAACACACGACUGAAACAAUAGUUAGUACAAAUAAAAAGAGCACUGCCCUUGUUGUACUCCAUUUGGAACUGUCCAAUCAUGUUCAUUUUGGAAACACAAUAGGCUGCUCCAAAAACUUUGCUUGAUCUAUAUAUGAUCUCUAUAUAGAGCAAAUGGAAGGGACUGAAAAAAACCACCCAGUUUCUGUAAAUCCAUCAGUUAUAAGCGUGUUCGUUAUAAAUGUGGUGUACUGUACAUUGUUUUAUAAGGUUGUUUGUAUCCAUGAAAAGCUACAAAAUGCCAGAAAGUUUAUUCAAAUAAUUCAUACUGUUUGAGUAACUACAGUACCAACAUGUCUGACAUCGGAACUGUUUCACAACUAAAAUAUAUAACAGAAGUCCGUAAUAGGUACCAUCUCAUUAUUUAUUUUCUCCACUGAAUGUAUUUUUUUAAUUUUGUCUUGACAAAAUACCUAUACAAAUGACACUGUCUCCAUUAACAUUGGACGUAUUGACUUAAACAGAACUGAAAGUUACAUGAAUCGGAGAUCUUGAGACACUUUGAGAUGAUUAAUUUUCUUGAUUAUGUGCAAAAGCUUUCAAACCAAAUCAGUGAAAGAUCCAUCGACAUGAUUAUAUGACAGUGACAGAGUGAUAGACACAGAUUAGGGUGAACUUAAGAAAGAAGUGACAGACAUGGUUCUAUUUACAAAUGAUACAAACCGAUGAUAUAAUGCUACACAAGGAACUCU